GUUAUUGAUGUAUAUAUGACUGAUGUGCCAUGUCUCCUCUCUCUCCUCCCUSUCUUCCCCCCAGCAUGUGGCUGCCACCCCCUUGGUUCAAUACCCUUCCACCUGGGUGGGGGGUCUCUCUGUGACCCUACCAACGGAGACUGUGUCUGCAAGCCCGGCGUGGGGGGCUCCCACUGCGACAGGUGCAUGGUGGGAUACUGGGGUUUCCAUGACUACGGCUGCCGUCCGUGCGACUGUGCGGGAGACUGCGAUCCCUUCACGGGAUACUGCAUGUCCGGGUCAGAUCGGGACCUGUAUAAUCUGGAGGGAAACUCCAGUGAGCUGGUGAGGAUCUUUAGGGCAGACGAGCUCUUUUCUGCCCUACACUACUCAGGUUAGAC